AUGACAAGGUUUUUAUUAUUGCCAUUAUUUCUCUCUGUCCUGCAAAAAUUAUCAGCGUUGGAGUCGACAGUUGACGAUGUUGCGGCUACCUAUAAAAUCGAAGGACAAAUCAUUUUCCCAGAAUCAUUUACUGCUGAAAAUGGCAAGCUAAGUCCAAGUCGUGUGCUAGUGAAUUAUGACUUUAAACAUGUUGCAUUUGUAAGGAAAGAUGGUUCGUUUGUGGUUUCAGGUAUUCCACCAGGUUCUUAUAUUAUUGAAAUUUCAAACAUCGAUUAUGCUUUUGAACCAGUACGAGUUGAUAUUACCUCGAAAGGUAAAAUAAGGGCGCGACGACUUAAUUUAUUACAGCCAUCACUAGUAUCUUCACUUCCAUAUCCAUUGCGCUUGAAUGCAGUUCACCAAAUUAACUAUUUUCGGCCUCGAGAAGAAUGGCACUUAGCAGACAUACUUACUAAUCCAAUGGUUUUAAUGAUGGUUGUACCUCUUGUUUUACUUGUUGUAUUACCAAAGCUUGUUAAUGCAAAUGACCCUGAAAUUAAAAAGGAAAUGACUAAAACUAUGCCACAGAUGGACGUCCCUGAUGUUUCGGAAAUGUUGGCUUCAUGGUUUGGUGGAAAUCCAAAAAAAACAAAAAGAACGACAACAGGAAACAAAAAACGGCAAUGA